ACAGGUCCCCAAGUGCAGCCCCAGCAAAUGUCCAACAGCAGCUCCAUCAGCCACUUCCUCCUGCUGGCAUUGGCAGACACGCGGCAGCUGCAGCUGCUGCACUUCUGCCUCUUGCUGGGCAUCUCCCUGGCUGCCCUCCUGGGCAACGGCCUCAUCAUCAGCGCCGUAGCCUGCGGCCAGCACCUGCACACGCCCAUGUUCUUCUUCCUGCUCAACCUGGCCCUCACUGACCUGGGCUCCAUCUGCACCACUGUCCCCAAAGCCAUGCACAAUUCCCUCUGGGACACCAGGAACAUCUCCUACAUAGGAUGUGCUGCUCAGGUUUUUCUGCUCAUCUUCUUUCUUGCAACGGAGCUUUCCUUCCUGACCAUCAUGUGCUACGACCGCUACGUGUCCAUCUGCAAA